UACCAGUACACGAAUUAUUGACUGGUCAAAGAUACUAUGAUGUUGACGAUGCAUGCGACGAUUCAGGACGCUCUGGAUGAGAUAGUCUCGUCACGAAGCUCUGAUACCAACAGGGAAAAGGCGAUAGGUGCAAUCGAACAGCUGUUAGCCAGCGUAUCUGCUCUAUCUCGUCCAAACGCGGGCUCCUCGCUGAGUGAAACCCACGGCGACGCGAGACUGUUUUGGGCACUCCAGGAUACCUUCGAAUGCAAUAUCCCCUCUCAUUUGCUGCCAUGGAUAUCCACGAGCGUGUUGCGAUUGGAGUCGUUGAUAGCUCGAGCACAUCACAACCAAGAUUCGAAUACCACGCCAACCGCCGAGAAAGGGUCCAACAACGAUUACGACUCCCAAAUUACGUUGUUGGCUCUCAACGUCUCCUCUGUCCUCAACAUUGUCCAGGGACUGGCCCUCUGCCAUAAUUCCAGCAAGCGCUGGCUCGGUCGCAGGGCAAAUGUCGGGGUCCUUGUCGAUCUCAUGCUGAUAUCACGACACAUACCUCCCGCUCCUUCCAGGGACGUGACAAUGCCAGCCGAUGCUCAGUCACGUCGUCCCGCUGCUACGCCUGCGUUGACGUCUAUGGUCUUGGAUACGUUAUUAUGCGUACUGGUGGACGCCCCUCCGGCCAUCCGGGCAUUUGAGGCUUGUAAUGGUAUACAAGCUGUCGUGAAGAUCUUGAAGCGAUCUGGUACUGCACGAGAAGUCCGGAUGAAGUGCCUCGAGUUCUUGUACUUCUAUCUUAUGGACGAGACGAAUCCCUCGGCCACUGUUGCAGAAUCUUCGUCAACAGCCGACGAUUUGCAGCAGGUUCUGCAGCCUCGGCCCGGUGGUCUGCAAACUCCUAAAGUCAAAACGGAGGGUCGGCGUGUGGCAUCAUCGGGAUCGUUGUCGUCUGCGACGUCCUUGUCGUCUUCGGGUUCCGAUGAUUCGUCCACUUCCGCCACGUCUUUAGCGUCCUCAGACGGCUCGGUAGCAUCGACGCCAAAGCCUGCAUGCCGCGUGCCGUCGCCAACAUCACCAUUUGCUCCGAACCCCGCCCUAUUCCUUCUGAAGCGCGAGGUCGACUAUGUGCCGCUUAGUCCUGCCAGACCAGUUGAAUUCGGCAAGGACGAUGUCAUGAAGCGUUCUCCGCUGGAAGUAUCGCUGAGCAAGAGCGGCUCACCGUUUCCCCCGUCAACGCCCUUGUCUCGCAAGCGAGGCGGCAUCGGCCUCGGGUUCCCCGGCGGUAGUGCCGCGAAGGCUGCAUCUAGCAGGUCUGGAUCUGCAGCUCCUGGCCAUAGACGCGGAGAAUCCAUGGUUUUAUCUAGGACAGCGUCACGAUUUAGCAUGCAGGGAGGCCCCUUCACCCCAGGACACAGGAAAGGUGCAUCUUUGGCUACGGCACCUCUCUCUGCACCAAACUUUCGCAAGGAGUCCUGCACUACCACGAUGCCGAGUGCGUCGUCCUCGGCCUCCUCCCGGACGCCUGAGACACGCACAACGGAAGAGAAGAAAGAGUUGCUGGGUGGCCUGCUUGGUAAUGUUGAUGCGCUGGUAGAGGGCGUCCGGAAGGCCGGCGUGUGGGGCCUUGGCUAGGGGAAGUCGGUAGAGUCGUUGCCAUGAUCGGAAUCGUUUUCGUUUGAUUGUCAUACUUAUUUGUGUAACGUCUUG